AUGGGGCUGCUGCAGAAGAAAUGCCAAGAUGGGCUGGAGACACCAGAGGUAAAGAUCCAGGCAUGGUGGUGUGGCACACUGGUACGUCGGCACGCGGCCCUCAGGGCCUGGAUCAUCCAGUGCUGGUGGCGAAUGCUGCUGCCAAGGAUUUGGGACAGGAAGCGCCAGAAGGUACUGGAUACCUUUCAACAGGAGCAGUGGGUGGUGGUUAGACUGCAGUCCUGGAUCCGAAUGUGGCAUGCCCGCCGGCGCUACCAGCAGGUGCUCAAGGCUGUCUGCAUCAUCCAGGCCCAUUGGAGAUGCCAUAUCUGCUCAACACAGGGUCUUAUCAAGGGCCACUACCGAAUUACAGCCAGUCAGCUGCAACUAGAGCUGGAGAUUUUUCUGGGCUCAGGGCCUUGCAUUGUGUCAGAGGGUAUCCCCCUCCCAUUAAAGCAGUGA